AGCUGGCUCAACGACCUGAACGCGAACGACGGUGGCUACGACUUCCGCUUCAACGACACGCCGCUCAGGAACGUGUCGGGCAUCUAUUCGAACAACCUGUACGCAGUUCGUGCCAGGGACAUCAUAAGAGACCACGCAGCUCAAGCAAGCAAAGACAACCCCUUGUUCCUCAUGCUUUCCCUACAAUCAGUCCACGGUCCCGUCGAUGUCCCCCUCGACUACAGACGGCAGCACAGGAACAUCAAGAACUUAGCCAGGAGAACCUUCCAUGGUAUGCUGAGUGCGUUAGACGAUCUGAUUGGCCAUGUCGUGAGCGAACUUAAGAAGUCAGGUCUUUAUCACAACUCGAUCAUCGUCUUCACCACUGAUAACGGCGGCAAUAUCAGGUCAGGAGGCAACAACUUCCCGCUGCGAGGCAAUAAAGGAGGCGUGUUUGAGGGCGGUACCAGGGGCGUGGCUUUCAUUCACUCUCCUCUCUUACCGAAGACAGGGUUCAAAUACGAUGGGCUGAUGCACAUAGUGGACUGGCAGAGUACUCUCCUGCACGCCGUGGGAGCUACCAAGUCCCCCUUCAGGAAGCGGAGGGGCGGGGGGCAAGUGGCGAGCCCUGAGGACGACGACCCCGACACCUGGGGGGACGACGACCAGCCCCAGGGGUGGGAGGGAGACGGACUCAACCUGUGGGACGCGAUCACGACCAACGAUGAGUCGCCCAGGACGUCCUUCGUUUACAAUGUGCGGAAGGGGCCGCUCAGAGGGGCGAUACGGAGGAAGCACUGGAAGCUCAUCGUGGGCGGGGGUGGGCGGUUCGACGGGUGGGUGCCGCCCUCAGACGUGGCAGCAGGAGGGAAAUUUGGCUUCCUACCCACUCACUGUUGCUCGUCUUGGUACACGACUAUGCCUGCAAAUCACGUUGUGUUGUAUAACUUGAGAGACGACCCCCUCGAAACCACCGACGUCUCCCACUUGUUCCCCGAAGUGACAGCCACCCUGAAGUCUCGCCUGAGGAGGUACGCGGCGCAGAGCAUCCAUCCUCACACCCCGAGGGACGACCCCAACGGACACCCGAGGUUUCACGGGGGUUUCUUCUCCCCUGGGUGGUGCGAUGCCGUCGUCUGAGGCGGUUUUACUUACUUUCUUUUUUGUGGAAUUCUUGUUUGUUUGUUGUUGUUUGGUGCCCCUUUUUUUCCCCACUUUAAUUUUUUUUAUUCUGAUUUGUUUGAUUAUAUGGUGUUGAUGGCGUCGUUUAGUGCGAUUUUCCGCACUUUUUUGUGGAAUUCUUGUUUGUUUGUCGUUGUUUGGUGCCCUUUUUUCACUUUGAUUUUUAUUCGGAUUUGUUUGGUUAUGGUGUCGAUGUCGUUUAAUGCGAUUAAAAAAAAAUCUUUAUCUAUGUAAUGGUGGUGCGGUGAUGACGUCUAAUGCGACUUUUAUCACUUUUUUAUAUUUUCAUUCUUAUUUGUUUUUCUAAUGAUGGUAUUGAUACCACCAUUUCAUACGCCCUUUUUUUACUUAUAUAUAGAUGUUUUUUACAAUUUAUUAAUUUAUGUUACGACGCCGUCAUUAAAGGGCGGUCUAAUUAGUCUUGUCUCUCCGGGGAUGUGUUUUUUCUAUUAUAAUUAAAUAAUAUUUUGAAUAUUUUUAAAAUUUCAUUCAUUUAUUUACCGAAUUAGUACUUUCUAAUUUAUCUAUUUCUGGCGCGAUGUCAUAUUUUUCAUAAUAUAUCUUAAAAUCAUUAAUUACAUGGUCAUUAUCCAUCUAUCUAUUUAAUAUUAUAAUCAUUUACGUGUCAAGUGAUGUUGUUUACUACGAACCUGUGAUUUUUUAUUUUCUUAUUUGGUUUACAUGAAAUAAUUUCCUUAAUUACUUUUAUAUGCAUACUCUUAUGUUGUACUAAGAGUCGUGAGAUUCUGCCAUUAUAUCAGCUUUCCACUAUUUAUAGUCUGUUUAAUCACAUGCGUAUGCAUACUUACAUUUAUUUCAUGUAUACACUCAUAUGUUGUACUGAGGUGGUCAUAGGAAUCUAUCAUUAUGAUUUAUCUGUCACCUAUUUAUAGUCAAACACAGACGGACAUUUACACACACACACACACACACACACACACACAUACACAUAUACAUACACACACACACAUACACAUACACAUACACACACACACACACAUACACGUAUAGAUUUACACACACACACAUACACACACACAUACACGUAUAGAUUUACACACACACACACACACACACACUCGUAUAGAUUUACAUACACAAACAUACACACACACACACACACACACACACACACACACACACACACACACACACACACACACACACACACACACACACACGUAUAGAAUUACAUACACACACACACACACUUAUAGAUUUACAUACACACAUACAGUACAGAUUUACAUACAGACAUACACGUAUAGAUUUACACACACACAAACACACACACACACACACACACACACGUAUAGAUUUACAUACACAAACACACACACACAUACACACACACACACACACACACACACACACACAUACACACACACACACACACACACACACACACACACACACACACACACACACACACAUACACACAUACACGUAUAGAUUUACAUACACAUACACCCAAUCAUUCAUAUAUAAAUUUUCGUUUCCAUUUGCAUUUGUAUCAUCCUAAUUUAUACAUUAAUAAAAUUAGAUGAAAGAAAUGCUCUAUGUCUAAGUUAAGGUUUGCAACACAGGCAGUAUUAUUUACCAGGGUGCCUCCAUUCCUUUCAGAUAUAUGUACUAUCUCGAAAAUCUUUAUUUAAUGAUUUUGGAAUAUUAAAUCAUGCAAUAUGUAA